UGUGGAGCCUUCACCCUCUCUGAGGACAUGGAAAAUCACUGCAAGCCCUCUCUGCUCUUCAGUGUCUUCUGCCUCACACAGCUGCUUACCUGGGUGACCACAAAGCAGUUUCGGGUCUUUGGUCCCUCAGACCCCAUUGUGGCUGCACCAGGUGGGGAAGCUGUCCUUCCCUGCUCCGUGUUUCCAGCUAUGAAUGUGGAGAACAUGCAAGAGCUGAGGUGGUUCCGUGACAGAUUCUCAGAAACAGUACUUGUCUACCGGAAGCAAGAGGAGCAGAAGGAAGGGCAAAUCCUUGCAUAUUCACAGCGCACCUCACUGGUGAAGGACCAGUUCCAUCAAGGCAAGGCUGCUAUCAGGAUCCAAAAUGUCCAGCCAUCAGAUAGUGGGAUAUAUAUCUGCCACUUCAAACAGGGACUGUUCUAUGAAGAGGCCAUCUUGGAACUGAAGGUGGCAGCAAUGGGAACUAUUCCUAAAGUGUACAUCAAAGGUCCAGAAGAUGGUGGAGUGUGUGUUGUGUGCAUGACUUCAGGGUGGUACCCGGAGCCUCAGGUGCGGUGGAUAGAUUUCAGAGGAGAGAAUCUCCCAGCGUUCUCUGAGAUCCACACUAAAGAUGCUGGAGGACUGUUCAGCACAGAGACCUCGCUGGUGGUGAGAGACAGCUCUGUGGGGAAUGUGACCUGCUCCACCUUCAAUCCCAUCCUGGGUCAGAAGAAAGCUACGCCCAUAUUCAUCCCAGAGCCCUUCUUCCCUCAGGCCACUUUACCGAAGUCAGCUUUUAUUGUGAUCCUGACCAUCAUGGGACUUCUAGUCUUAGGGGCAAUCUAUGUCCUCAAAAGAGUACAUUCUGCAAGGUUGAAGGUGCAGCGGAUUCAGCGUGAGAAGGAUGAGUUACAGAAGACAAUGGAAGAUUAUCUGUGUACUAUUUGCAUACUCAUGGACAAGCUCGAUGAAAGGAAAGCAGCCUGUGAUGCAGGGGCCAGCUCCUCGGGGUCCUCUCUCCUUCUAUGCAUAGCCUCACCUUCAGAAGGGAUGCUAACAGAGACUGUGGAGGAAGGUCAUGAUGUUCUUGAGGAUCAGAAGUGCUGCCUUCAGAAGAUUCCAGAAACCAGCCUAGCAGAUUGGCGCAAGGAGCACUUCCAGGCCUGGACUUUCACUCUGGAUCCAGCCUCUGCCCACCCCAUCCUUGCCAUCUCCCAGGACAGGAUGAGUGUGACCCGGAAGGACAUCACUAUGUGCUUGGAUGACGUCUUCAGUGUGUUAGGCAGUGAAGGCGUGUCUUCUGGAAGAUAUUACUGGGAAGUGAAGCUAACAAACAUGGAAGGCAGUGAAUGGAUUCUGGGGGUCUGUAGGGAAGGUGUGGACAGGAAAGAGUUUUAUUUUGAGAGUCCAGAUAAGGGAUUUUGGACUGUGGGGCGGUCUAGUAGUGGAUAUUGGGCCUAUAUUGAUUCUGGAAGGGCUUCAUUAUCCACCAGACAAACUCCGCAGAGCUUGGGGGUGUUUGUGGACUACACCGAAGGUGAUAUCUCCUUCUAUAACAUGAGUGACAUGUCCCACAUUUUCUCCUUCCAUGAGGAUUCCUUCUCUGGGACUCUUUUUCCAUACUUCAGGAUUAAGUCUGGAAAUGUUUCAAUGACUAUCAGCUCCAUGGCAAGUGUGUCUGAGGGGGAGGAGGGAGAGGAGGGGGAGGAAGGGGAGCAACAAGAGGAGGGCAAAGAGGGGGAAGCCUCCCCUUUCCUCCAGCGUGCCAGGGACACUCUGCUCCCAUAGUGUGCAUCACCGCCUAAGUCUUCAGUGUGACUCCUUGUGGGAGUGUAGAAGCCACAGGCCAAAGCCCCCACGAGUGCUGGAAGGGCCUGGAGCCUCACCCACUGCUCCUCAGUCUGACUCUGAGGCUGUGGCUGUGGCUGCAGCGAGGCCAUGCUGUGUGUCAGGUGGUGGAGGAUAAGCCCUGACUGUUGUUUCAGCGGAUGUCACUCAGGCCGGGAUGAGCUCGGGGAAGGCAUUUUCCUGCUGGUGUUAAGUGGCAUUUUAUUGGGUUUUGGACAGUUGUCAUGCAGCAGACCGAGGGCCGAGUGGACAUUGUUUUAAUUUGUACAUCUGGCCUUGGGCUCCUCGGGUCUGAUCUGUGUCUCGGCCCUGUGACCAAUGCUGUAGUGAAUAUGGGGGAGCAGAUGUCUGACCCACGACUUCCUGACUUCUACCUUUGUUCCUGGUGAUGGGAUUUCUGGAUCCUAGAUUGUUCCUCGAAGUGGACAAUGACAUGUCUGUCCAUCUGUCUCUAUGAACCAGCUUUAUUGUUACAUCUGUUUGUCUUUGUUUCUUAUACAAAUCCUUUGAUUCCUAUAUUGGAGUC